GCCUGUAUGUAUGUAGGAGAGUACUAGGUGCAUUUAGUUGAGUUCUGUCGUGAGAAAGCCUGUUGUGGGUUCUCUAGCAUGAUUCCAGGCAAUGCUUCAUCACUCUUGCAGAAUCUAGAAGCCAUUAUGUUCAUGUUCAGUUGAGAUUAAUGACUGUAUAAAUGACAGCAUUGCAGGAGGCUUGUAAAGAGAAAUGUGGACUCUAUGCUCAGCUUUCUAAAUUUCUACCAAUGCGACUGAUGUCCUAUGUGAUGCUGCCGUAUACUCUGCCAGUUGAGUCAGCAUAUUUUGUGGCCUUAAGAUUAGUAGACUGGUUUCCUGAUAUCCCUGAUGAUGUGCGAUGGAUGCAAGGUCAGCUCUGUCAAGUUGUGGGCACAGUAUAUUCCAAAGCAAGAAAAAGAUUACUGAGUAUUCCCAGUAAGGAAAACAGUGCAUUGCUUAGAAAGUGUCAGACUGCCCCCCUGAACACAAGUCUUCACUCUUCUUACUGCCCUCCUAAAAUGCCUCGUUCUUCUACACACCUCGAAGAGUGGCUUUUGGAUCUUCCAUACUGUGAGGACUUGGUUAAGAAAGACGUUGCAGUGGGUAUAAAUGAAAGCUUUGACUCCAUGCCUCCCUUUUUUAUGAACUCUGAAGAAUCGGGAGUGGAAGUGGAUUUUGACUCCUCCUCUGAGAAGAGUUUCCAGACUGCCUCCGAGGACUAG